ACCUUUUAGCUCUAUUGGAAUUCAAAAUGAAGACUUUCGAUGCAAAUGAUCUUUAUCAGGGACAGAAUUUCAGCAAGGUUCUCAACUCUCUAGUUGCUUUAAAUAAGGUGACUGCAGACUUUCGAUGCAAAUGA